AUGGCCUAUCCAGUUCAAUUAGGAUUUCAAGAUGCUGCUUCUCCCAUUAUAGAAGAACUUUUAUACUUUCACGACCACACUUUAAUAAUUAUAUUCCUGAUUAGUUCUCUAGUCCUUUACAUUAUCUCCCUUAUACUCACUACUGAACUUAUACAUACAAACACCAUAGACGCCCAAGAAGUAGAAACAGUAUGAACAAUCCUACCUGCAGCAAUCCUCAUUCUUAUUGCUCUUCCAUCAUUACGCAUUCUGUAUAUAAUAGACGAAAUUACUACACCCUCCUUAACCCUUAAAACCAUAGGUCACCAAUGAUACUGAAGCUACGAAUACACAGAUUAUGAAGACUUAUGUUUUGACUCGUACAUAACUCCUUCCUCAGACCUUAAACCUGGAGAACUUCGCCUACUUGAAGUCGACAAUCGAGUCGUACUUCCCACAGAACUAGCAGUUCGAAUAUUAAUCUCUUCAGAAGAUGUACUACACUCAUGAACUGUCCCUUCCCUAGGAGUAAAAACAGACGCUAUCCCAGGACGCCUAAACCAAGCUACAUUAAUAGCCUCCCGUCCAGGUGUUUACUACGGACAAUGCUCAGAAAUUUGCGGUGCAAAUCACAGUUUUAUACCAAUUGUACUUGAAUUAGUACCUCUAAAACAUUUCGAAGAGUGACUAUUAUCCAUACUAUAA